AUGACUACCCUUAUCACCGGUGGAACUGGAAAGACCGCGAUCAAGCUCGCCAGACUCAUCCACGCCGCCGGUCACCCCGUCUUGCUCACCUCUCGCAAGGGCGUCGCUCCCAAUCCGUUCAAAGCCGUUACCUUCGACUGGACUGACCUAACGACAUUCGAGAACCCGUUCAAAGCCGAUCCUAACAUCGACAGAAUAUACCUCAUCGCACCUAUCGUCCUUGAUGUUUUUCCUGUCGUGAAACCAUUCAUCGACCUCGCGAUUUCGAAGGGCGUGAAGAGAUUCGUACUACUUAGCGCGAGCCAGUUUAACAAGGGAGGUGUCUACGUCGGAAAAGUCCACGAGUACCUCGUCGAACGCGGCAUUGAUUAUACUGUCCUUCGCCCGACUUGGUUUAUCGAGAACUUCGGCGACUUUCAUGCCCAGAACAUUCGCGAGAACGAUGAGAUACUCUCUGUUACCAAGGACGGUCGUAUUCGGCUUGUUGGAGCGGACGACAUCGCGAAAGCUGCUUACGAUGCCUUGUUUACCACCAAGAGUCCCAACACAGACUACUUCCUCAUCGGACCAGAGUUGUAUUCCUACACAGAGGCUGCUGCUCUUCUGAGCGAGAUUCUGGGAAGGAAGAUCAACCACAGGCACUUGACGAAUGAGGAGGAGAUAGCCACCUUCCAGCAGUUCGGAAUAUCACCAGAAUACGCAACUAUGCUGAACCAUGCAGAGUCUCUGAUCGCCGAAGGGGUUGAAGAGGCGUUGGUUGGGAACAGCAAGGCGAUCACGGGGACCCAUAAGUUGCGGGACUAUUUGCUAGCGAAUAAGCAGCUUUGGAUCACGGAUAAAUAG